GGUCACAAAAAACAUCGAUCAAAGGCAAUAGUCGAAAAACAAGGGAGCGUGAUUGGUCAGAUAGAAAGAAGUACAUCAAAAACGCAAAGCGGAGGUAAAGCGUUAAGAAAGACAGAUUUCAAUAUUUCGAAGAACUUAAAGGAGCAACCAUGUCUGGGGAAGAAACGUCUGCAGAUCGUAAUGUUGAAAUUUGGAAAAUAAAAAAACUCAUUAAGAGUCUUGAAAUGGCUCGGGGUAAUGGAACCAGCAUGAUUUCCUUAAUAAUACCUCCAAAGGAUCAAAUAUCUCGAGUCAGCAAGAUGUUGGCCGACGAAUUUGGAACGGCAUCCAACAUUAAGUCGCGCGUAAAUCGUUUAUCUGUGCUCGGAGCUAUUACGUCUGUACAACAUAGACUGAAAUUGUACACCAAAGUGCCUCCCAAUGGUUUGGUUAUUUACUGUGGUACAAUUGUAACCGAAGAAGGUAAAGAGAAAAAGGUUAACAUUGACUUUGAGCCUUUUAAGCCUAUAAAUACAUCGUUGUACUUGUGUGACAAUAAAUUUCAUACCGAAGCUCUCACUGCACUGCUGGCUGAUGAUAAUAAGUUUGGUUUUAUCGUUAUGGAUGGUAAUGGCGCCCUGUUCGGUACAUUACAGGGCAACACACGAGAGGUGUUGCAUAAAUUCACAGUCGACCUACCUAAAAAACAUGGUCGUGGUGGUCAAUCAGCUCUGCGUUUUGCCCGCUUGCGUAUGGAGAAACGUCAUAACUACGUGCGUAAAGUUGCGGAGGUGGCAACGCAACUGUUUAUUACAAAUGACAAACCUAACAUCGCGGGGCUAAUACUCGCAGGCAGUGCGGACUUCAAAACUGAACUAAGUCAGUCAGAUAUGUUUGACCCAAGAUUACAAUCUAAAGUAAUUAAACUUGUGGAUGUUUCUUAUGGUGGAGAAAAUGGCUUUAAUCAAGCAAUCGAGCUGGCAGCUGAAUCACUGCAAAAUGUAAAAUUUAUCCAAGAAAAAAAACUAAUUGGACGCUACUUUGAUGAAAUAUCUCAGGAUACUGGAAAAUAUUGCUUCGGAGUGGAAGACACCUUGCGUGCUUUGGAAUUGGGCUCCGUAGAAACACUGAUUUGUUGGGAGAACUUGGACAUUCAACGUUAUGUUUUAAAGAACCAUGCCAACUCAACAUCAACCACAGUAUUACAUCUGACGCCCGAGCAAGAAAAAGACAAAACCCACUUUACAGAUAAAGAAACUGGAGUCGAAAUGGAACUUAUAGAAUCGCAGCCAUUAUUAGAAUGGUUGGCGAAUAACUAUAAAUCAUUUGGCGCUACACUCGAAAUUAUUACAGAUAAGUCUCAGGAGGGCAGUCAAUUUGUAAGAGGAUUUGGUGGUAUUGGUGGUAUUUUACGCUAUAAAGUAGAUUUUCAAUCAUUGCAAGCCGACGAACCGCUGGAAGAUGUCGAUCUUGAUGAUUAUUAAAUGUGUCUAUUAUGAGAAAAAAGUUCAAAUUUAUUAUACAGUCAUACCGUUCAUAAUAUGUUUGAUUAGGGAUUCACUGUUAAGAUUGUAGGAAGAAAUUAAAACCAGUGAUUUACGUACACGCAUUCUUACACACACAUAUACAUACAUAAAUACACGCUAUUCCAAAUUACUAUUUUCUUCAAAGUUCAUAAACUUUGUAUUAUACGCCACAUAAUUAGCAGCAUUACUUAAUCUUGAGCGUAGAUAGUGAACGCUUGGACAAAAUUGUAAGAAGCAUUGUGAAUAAAUUGAAUUAUGUUUCAUUGCACAAUUAUUCCAUUAACGAUAAAAAUUUUUUAAUUGUGUUUCUUCAUUAAUUCUUCCAAUUCUUUUAUAAUUAUCAUUUUUCUCUUUU